AUGGCACUUAACUUCACAUCGGAUACGAAGAGACUCAUUUGCCUGGCAAUUUUGUUGGGAAUUUAUCUUCUAUCCGGCGCUGCAGUCUUCCAAGUUCUUGAAAAUGAGAAUGAUAAAUUGGAAGUACAGCAACUGAAUUCUGUGAAAAGGUUCUUCUUAAAAAAGCAUAACAUGACAUCAGAGGAUUUUGAUUUUCUCGUGGAGAGGGUUGAAAGUGCCGUGAAGCACCGCUGUGGGAACGACCCGGAUCAAUGGUGUACUUCUAGGUGGACAUACUACGCUUCAGUGUACUUUACAUGGAGUGUUGUGACGACUGUAGGUAAGGUGUUUGCGUCCGAGUGUAAGCCUAACAAAAAGGAUUAACUUAGUGCUGUUUCAAACACAUCGCUCAUUAAACCGGCCUAUGUUUUUUUUUUUUUACGUUCGCGUUGCCGUCGCAGUGUCGUGGUUCCGUAAGCGAAAAUACUACAGGGAAAUUCGGACAGGGAACUCCAACACUUGAGCUUGCUCUGAUUAAGUUAAGUUGGCAAGUUCUAGCUGUCGAGCAAUUAGAGUGAUUGCUUGACUACUAGGCUCGUUGACAUCUCUCGUCAGUGGAAUGUUGAGCAAACGGUUUCCCUAAAAAAUAUGCAAUUUUGUUUUCUUGCGAGACUCUGAUAUAAAUCUCGUUAUCAUGACUGUCUAAAAAUUCUUGACCCCUCAGUUAAUUCCUGGUAGAGAAGGGGUGAAAAUUGCGUACUUUUAAAGUAAGGUAACAAACAAAAGGCAUAAAUAUACCAACUAGCGUGUUUCAUCUUCUUAAAAAGAAAAUGAGAAUUAAAUUAUUUAGUGGCAACAUUAGUAACAACCAAAAGCAGCAAAGGACAGUUAAUCUUCUUUUAACUGUUGUUACAACGAUGCAGGCAUUAUAAAAAUUAUGAAAAUUAUGAAAAUUAUGAAAAUUAUAUCAUAUAUUGCAACUGCCCAAAAGUGAGAACAGCAAUAAAUUAGUUCAAACCAAUCUCUUUCCUCUCCCUUCGCAGGCUAUGGUCACCUGGCUCCCAGUACCGUUGGCGGUCGCGUAUUCUGCAUGAUUUUUGCCUUAUUUGGAAUACCUCUAAACCUUAUGGUGUUACGUCACAUUGGAGACCGCGUCAAUCAAGUGAUUAGUUACAUUCAUUACUUUGUUGAAACAAAGCUUCUCCAUCAGAAACCGGAAGUGGUAGCCACCAAGACUCUGAUAUGGACAUUAGUGGUUCUUAUUUUGAUGUUGUUUGUCGGCGCUGUUCUUUAUUUGCAGGAAGAACAGUGGAACUUUCUAGAAGGAGUGUAUUUCUGUUUCAUCACAUUUUCCACCAUUGGAUUUGGAGAUCUUGUACCCAAUGGAGGUGAGGAGUCUAUUUUAGGAAGUAGCCCACAUGGCAAGUGAACCAUAGUGAAAGGGUAGCGGUUAGUUAGUUGGUUUUUAUCUGAAAACCCUCACAGUCUGUGCACAGGGGCUAGAAAUGAAAACACAAAAUAUGUAUCCGCUCCGAGAAGCCGGGUGGUGUAGGUUGCCAUAAAGCAAACUUAAUGGAAAGUGUAGACCACCCGUGAUCCUCGCGCCUUCCCCAUUCCCUUCGGCGAGGUACCACCCUUGCGCUCAUUCAUUUCUGAUUUCUGGCCUCUCUUCGUCCUUUUCAUUAUAUUUGAACUCAUUAAAAACUCUACUUCUUUUGAUUUCUCGUUAAAUUAACUUCCUCGUAACAAAGUAGCAUUAAGGAUAUCCAUGUCAGUGGUUCAAUAAGGCACCAGGCCCCGACAAGACGUAACAACGUACCAAAUGCACAUGCGAUCUCCUUAAGAUAUAUAAGCCCAAAAUGCGAGUCACAUUAUAUGCAUUAACCUGUGAUUGUUGGAGAUUUGACUUGAUGACAUCACAUGUGUCAGUAAUUAGGCUGACUUAGCAACAGAACGAAGGCGCAGGCAAAUCACACAACUGGCUUGACCAAUGGCUGAGCGGCAAAUUGGGCACCGGAAGUUGAGUUUACUCCUUUCGCGCGCUUUUUCGUCGUCAAAUGACGUUCCCGUGCUGUUGCUAAAUCAAUCUAUGUUAAUUCGAAAACGCACGCGUGCGACAAAAAAAUUGUAACCUCCUCCAGACUUUCAAAAAGUUUCUCAAACUUAUUUGUUAUUAUCUUUCAGGUCAAGCUCCUACUGAUGUUGUAGGUAUAAUUAUGGAACUGCUAAGAGCUGUUGUCGUCUUAUUAGGAGUAUCAAUGUUCUUCUCUAUUAUUACAUCCGUAUUAACUGCUUCGGAAGAACUAAGAGUUAAUUUUCCAUCUGGAAAAUGCCUCGAUUCCACGGAAAAGGGUUCAGCGGACUUACAAGGAGACAUGCGCAGUGAAGAAAAGGCUAAAACGGAAGAUCCAGGCGGAAGAAUAGAUAUCGAAGAUAUCAAAACUGGAAGUGACGAGGCAAGCAAAGAGGAAUCGAGUAUUUCAAAUAAAUUAGUAAAUGAUAGUAAGGAAAGGGUGAAUGAACAAGUACAAAAGGAUGGAGUUCACCAGGAGCCUGGGACAAACGACAAAUUGACCUAUCCUGGAGGCGGGUAA